UUAUAGAGGCGGUGCCGGCUGCGCCCGGGCGUCCCUGUGACCCGCAGCCCCGCGUCAUGGAGCGGCCGGCGCCUCUGGCCGUGCUGCCCUUCUCCGAUCCCGCGCACGCCCUGAGCCUGCUGCGCGGCCUGAGUCAGCUGCGCGCCGAGCGCAAGUUCCUGGACGUGACCCUGGAGGCGGCGGGCGGCCGCGACUUCCCCGCGCACCGCGCGGUGCUGGCGGCCGCCAGUCCCUACUUCCGCGCCAUGUUCGCGGGCCAGCUGCGCGAGAGCCGCGCCGAGCGCGUGCGCCUGCACGGGGUGCCGCCCGACAUGCUGCAGCUGCUCCUGGACUUCAGCUACACCGGCCGAGUGGCAGUGAGCGGCGACAACGCCGAGCCGCUGCUGCGCGCCGCCGACCUGCUGCAGUUCCCCGCCGUGAAGGAGGCGUGCGGCGCCUUCCUACAGCAGCAGCUCGACCUGGCCAACUGCCUGGACAUGCAGGACUUCGCCGAGGCCUUCAGCUGCUCGGGGCUGGCGAGCGCGGCGCAGCGCUUCAUCCUGCGCCACGUGGGCGAACUGGGCGCCGAGCAGCUGGAGCGGCUGCCGCUGGCGCGCCUGCUGCGCUACCUGCGCGACGACGGGCUGUGUGUGCCCAAGGAGGAGGCGGCCUACCAGCUGGCGCUGCGCUGGGUCCGCGCCGACCCGCCGCGCCGCGCCGUGCACUGGCCGCAGUUGCUGGAGGCUGUGCGCCUGCCCUUCGUGCGCCGCUUCUACCUGCUGGCACACGUGGAGGCCGAGCCGCUGGUGGCGCGCUGCCCGCCUUGCCUGCGCCUGCUGCGCGAGGCCCGCGACUUCCAGGCGGCUCGCUACGACCGGCACGACCGCGGGCCCUGCCCCCGCAUGCGUCCGCGCCCGUCCACCGGCCUGGCCGAGAUUCUGGUGCUGGUGGGAGGUUGCGACCAGGACUGCGACGAGCUGGUCACGGUCGACUGCUACAAUCCGCAGACCGGCCAGUGGCGCUACCUGGCCGAGUUCCCCGAUCACUUAGGCGGGGGCUAUAGUAUCGUGGCGCUGGGCAACGACAUCUACGUGACGGGCGGGUCUGACGGCUCCCGGCUCUAUGACUGCGUGUGGAGAUACAACUCGAGUGUGAAUGAGUGGACAGAAGUGGCGCCCAUGCUCAAGGCCCGGGAGUACCACAGCUCCUCGGUGCUGGAUGGGCUUCUCUACGUGGUGGCGGCCGACAGCACGGAGCGCUACGACCAUGCCACCGACUCCUGGGAGGCCCUGCAGCCCAUGACCUACCCCAUGGACAACUGCUCCACCACUGCCUGCCGCGGCCGACUCUACGCCAUUGGCUCCCUGGCGGGCAAGGAGACCAUGGUGAUACAAUGCUAUGACCCAGACACCGACCUGUGGUCGCUCGUGGACUGUGGCCAGCUCCCCCCUUGGUCCUUUGCACCCAAGACUGUGACUUUGAAUGGACUCAUGUACUUUGUCAGGGAUGACUCUGCCGAGGUGGACGUGUACAACCCCACUAAGGACGAAUGGGACAAGAUCCCAUCUAUGAAUCAGGUCCACGUUGGGGGCAGCCUGGCCGUCCUGGGAGGCAAACUCUAUGUGUCUGGGGGGUAUGACAACACCUUUGAGCUCUCGGAUGUGGUAGAGGCAUACGACCCAGAGACCCGGGCGUGGAGUGUGGUGGGGCGGCUUCCGGAGCCCACCUUCUGGCAUGGCAGUGUGAGCAUCUUCCGCCAGUUCAUGCCACAGACACCGGCAGGGGGCCGAGGCUUCGAGCUGAACAGUGGUGGCAAUGACGUGGACGCAGGCUACCACAGGCUGCCGCAGAACCCGGAGGAGCUACAGUAGCCCAGGCCUGGCCCAGGGGAGGGCCUUGGUGCGAGAGGCCUGGCACCUGCAGGGGAGUGGCUCCAGGGUGCUUAGUCAGCCCUUAGAUGCACUGUGUAAAGGUUUCUGUGCAUUCAGAGCCUUUGUCACAGCUUCUGGAGACUGACCAGGCGGUGAUGACUGCCAUCGUGUAUCAGCCUUCGGAAGUCCUCUCCAGCUCACCAUGCAGGGUGCCUCUCCUUGCUGCCCCCCUGGGCCCGUGUGCUCCCAGAGCAGAAGGUCGAGUAAUGGUCAGAAAGUGGCCUGGCCUGGAGCGCUGAGAUUCCAGGAAGACAAAGGCUACAGUGAAGGGCUAAACUCCCCAUCCGGUACUGAGGAUCCCCCAGUGCUGCAGGUAGAGGGGUGCUCACAGCACGGUUGGGGUCUUGCCAUACAGGAGUUAAGUCUGAGAUCGAGCUGGAGGACCGUGAGUCUUGAGAGCUGUUCCCACAGCAAAGUUCUCACCUGGCACGGAGGCCCGCCUUCACAAAGCCGGCUCCUCCUUGGGAGCCUCACUGACAUUUGGCUGUGUGGGCCUGAGCAGGAGUGGGGAGCCCCCAGCACUUGCCUUUAGGUUUGAGAUGCUUGUGGUUUGACCUCAAAAAGAAGCCAAGAGUUAGGAGCAGUAAGACAAGUGGGCUUUGUCUGACUUGAAGAUGGACAAGCCACCAUUGGGAGGAUUUUCUGCCAUGUGUGGAAAACAUAGGGAUUCUGGGAUCGCAGGCCUGGGGACACCUGCAUCACAGUUCAGGGGAUCCCUGGGUUUGUGACUUUAAGUGGUUUCAUGGGUUUGGGAGCUGAGACCCCUUUGUACCCAGGGGGGUUUGUUAUCUUCCUGGGGAAGAGCCCAGUAGGACUUUUUGUUAUAGACAAAGCCAAAGUUCAGAGUUGCCUUUUCUAGUGAACUCAAGGGUGGGUGAGGCUCUAGAAACAGAAGUCUCUACUCCAUCACAUGCCUACUGCCCUCCUCUUGGCCAGCUGGCAGAGGAGGCAGCCUUAGUCCCAGGUACCCACUUGCUUCCUGUUUGAUGCCAUGCACUGCAGGUGUCAGCCCUGUUGGGUUUGAAAGCCAUGCUCUGCUGGGCACCUGACUCUGGGAAAGACCGUAGGUAGGGGCCAGUGCUGUCCCAACCCAGGCCCACUGGUGACCUAGACUUCCCUUGGGCGCGUGCCAUCAGCCCAUCCCCCAAGUGCCUCCUCUUCUCUGAACCUUAAAAGAGCUGCCUCCCAAGGCCAUCUGGAGAUGUUGACGCUCUGCUACGGGGUGCCUUGCCACAGCAGGGUGGGGUCCUCUGUGUGUGUGUGUGUGUAUGUGAGAGAGGGAGAGGUACUAAUCUCAGUGCUGGGAACAAUGUUGUUCAGUCCUCAUGGGGACAGGCUAGGAGGCUUUCUAGAGAAAGGACUGCAUUGCUACACUCUGCAACUUGCAGAAGUUGCUGCAUUACACUUGCACAGGGCCCCUCUACCUGCCUGUGCCCCAGAGCUACUCAGGUUUCUACACCAGGGCCCCACAAAAACUAAGGAUAGUAAAAAGCAGACACUUCUGUGGCCCCACUGGGAGUCCAGGACUGUCCCUCCCUCAGCCUCACCUCUGCUACUGGCUCUGGGCUGUAACCCACUGCUUAACACACGUCUCCACACGAGCAGGGGUUGAAGCUGGGUCCCUGGGUAUGGGAUUGUCCCUGUCACGUGUAUAAAGCUUUUAUAUGUUAGGACAAAAUUAAGUUAUGAGAAGUUCUUUGCCUGGUAUUUGAUGCUGGUCUAUAAGGGAUUUUUCUUCUAUUUAUGACUUCAGAGACCUAAGACCCCCCCCUUCCUUGGGGAGGGGGCGGCGCUCAGUCAACAGUGGCUGGGCAGGUUUGUAUAUUUAUUUUUGUCUGAGCUGUGUCCCAGCAUCCUAAGGUUUUAGGGUGCUUCCCUAAUUUUUGAAAUAAAAUGUUUCCUAUA